AUGCCUGGCGUCACAAUUCCGGACGGUGGUGUUAUUCUGGGCACGGCGCCCACCACUGUUGGGCAAAAGAAUUUAAACAUUCACAGCCAACAGGCCAUGCGGGUUACCUUCGCGGAUAAUAGCAUCUUGGAGGACGUGCUCAAGCAUGGAGCCGACCUGAAGAUAUCCUUCGGGAAGUCUAUGAGAUUUGUCUAUGGAAGUCAGACCAUGGAGAUAGUCUCCAUAGUAGAACCUAACCGCCAUGAGCUAUACCGAGCAUCGAUCAACUCUCCAGAGGAACUAGCUUUCGCGGCAACGUUCACGCACCAACUGGAAGCUCGAGAACUUGAAGAUGAAGUCAAGGAUGAAAGCCUGUUGGCUCUGCAAGAGUCAUAUCGCCGAAUUAACCAGGAGAAAGAGGCCUCUACAACCGCCGUUGUGGAUAGCACGUUCUCGGCGAAGGGAGGAAAGCUUGCAGCUUACCCAAAGAAGACGACUCAAGUUAGCCGGGCCAAACCCCAACACUCACUGGCUAAUACGCCUUUGUCAAGAGGUGCACGAUCCCCCGAAAAUUCCGCCCAUAUCAAUGCGAAACUUGAGGCACUCCGUAUUCCAUUAAUCCACCUUUUGGCAAUGGGCCCGGAUUCUGAACAAAAUUUGGCGUCUAAAACAAGAGUUUCGAAUGAAAUCUGUGUUCGAAUUCUGCAGAAGGUUGGGAACAGGGUGGGGAAGCAGUGGCAAUUAGUUGACGAUAUCUACAAAGACCUUGACUUAUGGGACUUCCCAUAUCCUUCCUCUGGCGAUCGCGAUCAAGCAAUCGCAAACUGUAGAGAGGCUUUCAAUAGGUUAAGGUUAUCAAGGGAAGCAACCGAAUGGCAAAUGAUUCUGGCCCCAGAGGAUAGAGGGAAGGUUGACCCAAAUCCACCACCACCACAACCCGUUAAACUGCCCUCGAAGUCGGUUGCGGCUACACCAAGCAUCACAGUUACAACUGAGAGCCCAGAAUCUAAAUCAUCUAGUCAAACAUCUAGCAAGAAAGCUAGUGGUGAAUCAAUGGCUCGAACAGCCUCCUCAACCAAAGCAGGGAAACCGGCGCCGAAGGAUGCCAUAUCGCGAAUUAUAGGGAAGAAAGGCAAAAAGCCUGCAGCAGUAAAAGCUACCCCAAAGCCAAAGGGACCCAUUGGCAGACCUCCAAAAUCGGCUACCACCAAAACAAAUAAAGCGAAUAUGGCAAAAGAAGCCGUUGUAAAGCCUAAAGUAAAAUCAGCUGAGAGAGUUGAGGACUCAGAUGAGGAUAUCGAAAUGGAAGAUGCUAAACAGUCUCCUCUCAAAGCAACGGAAAAAAAGGCAGCCUCUCCUCCUCCUCUACGACAGCCAUCGACAGCAGCUGCUGCAAGGCCUCCAUCGGUCGCAGGUUCUGGCACCUCCGAUCACGACGUUGAAAAUUCACGAUUCAAGCCCAAAAAGGCAGCUACACAAAACAUCAAGUCGCCUAUAAAAAAACAGCGCCGCGAUAUACCCAGUUCUAAUGGUUCUUCCUCUACAACGGCCAAAAGGAAGAACGCAAGUGUUAAAGCUAGCUCAAAUGUUUCUAAAACUCCCAUGUCGCGGGAUUACGUUCCGAGGCGUAGUUCCAGUAAUUCGCCGCCAAAGCCAUCUCCCUUGGGGUCCUCCCCGCCGAUAAAUGCGUCAGAUAUUGAUAUUACAUCGGUAGCAUCAUCUCCUUUUCUCGCCUCGAUUGCGGGGACAUCUACACCAGGUCGAUCUCCUCUAGAACCAGUAACGAUACCAUCGAGGUCGAAUAAGAGUAAAUUUCUGCCUAUAUCGUCGCCAUCUUUGAAGAGGAAAGCCCCUGCUCUGGCCGAGCGCGAUGAUCGUGGUCCCCCUUCCCGGGCCGGUUCUAGCAAACCGCCGACGUCAUCUACUGUUGCUGAAAUUUCGACUUAUUCUAGCAAGAAGCGACGGAACACAAGCUCCCCCGAUGAGUAUACCCUCAAGAUGGCACAAAGGUUUAAGGAGGAUCAUGCUCGCUACGAGCGUCUUUACAAUGAGGUCUCACUGAUAACAGACUCCAUAAAAAGGAAGGAGAAACUGGACAUAGUACUGAGCAUGCAUCGGGAACUAGCUACUCUUAAGGCUCAAAUAACUGCAUCGACAUCAGUGCAUUGA